GUGGCAUCUCUGUGGAUGUGGAACAAGGGAGUCGCUCGGCUGGCGCAGAUUCCCGGGCUAAGUCGGGAGUUACAGCUGUUCCUGCGGAGCUCCAGCCGGGCCGUGGGGACGGUGCCGGGGCACAGGCACACACCAGGCUCCAGCUCUUCUCUCGUCUGGCUCACCUCAGCAUCACCAUGGAGCCCAACAGCCCCAAAAAAAUACAGUUUGCUGUGCCCCUGUUUCAGAGCCAAAUAGAUCCCGAGGCAGCUGAGCAGAUCAGGAAAAGAAGGCCUACGCCAGCAUCACUCGUCAUCAUGAAUGAGCACAUGCCCCCAGAAAAAGACGAGAAGAGAACAAACAUCUCACAGGCAGAGUCGCAGAGCGCCUCUCCCAAGCAGAGGAAGCAGAGCGUCUUCACCCCGCCUGCCCUCAAAGGGAUUAAGCAUCUGAAGAGUCAGACUGAGUCAGUGUUUCCAGAAGAAGAAGAGGGACUUGGCGAGCGGGAAGAGGAGUGGGGCCAUUAGCCAGCACGGAGCUGCCCCAAGCCCAGAGCCCCUGCCCUGCCCUCGGCCCCGCCGUGUCCUGUCCCCACCGGGGGCUCUGCACACGUGUCCUGGGGCCCUUCUGCCCCGAGACAAAACUGUUAUUUUAAAGUCAUUUUUUUCUUUUAUUUUCUAUGACUUAGAAAUGUAAUUUGCAAAUGUGUUGGCUCCCUGACGUCAGUACUGCCAGAGCUUAACUACUGCGUGUGAGCUGUAUCUAAGGCUUAUUGUAAAUAAAAGUGAUUUAAAAGGUACAAAAUAAAUAAUACAUUAAUUUAGACAAGAUUGUUGUACAGAAGGUUUGUCUUGCUACAGAGAAAUGUUCAUAUAAAAUGAAAUGUUCAUAUGAACAUAUAAAAUGAAAUGUUCAUAUAUAAUAUGAAAAACAGGACAGGUGACAGCCUUCCUGCCCUGCCUAUAGCUCAAUAUGAGCUAGUGAGCAACAGCACUACAAGCUGCACAAAUUCACCUUGGGAAUAAGUCCCAGGGUUUUGGCUGAAUGGGUCAUACCAUCCUUUUUAUUUUUUGGACCAAAAAAACUCUAUGGCAUAAAAUGGAAUAAGGUGGA